GUAAACUUUCAAGCAAACAUGAUAAUGGGGUGGAGAAAACAAUGGAAAAUCGUUCAAACGAGUAGUGAAUAAAUGAAUGAAUGAGCAAUAGAUGAAUGAGUGAAUAAAUAAGAGAGUAAUGGCGGACAAAUUGAGUGAACCAUCACAAUAUUUAAAACUGUUUAAGUAAUUAAGUUAUUGAACGAAUAAAUACGAAUAAAAUGUGCACAAAUGUGUGUUGUAUGUAUGUAUAAAUAUUUUUGUAUUUACGUAUCAUCACAAUACAAGAUUUUAUUUAACACACGAAAACAUUCAUUUUCAUUUGAACUAUCGUUGACAUUUAUUUGUACAACAGAACUACUCGGAUUUGUACUCAUCAUUUGGAUAAUAAUUUUAACAGUAAAAAAAUACUCUACUGAACAUAAAGAAAAUCUAAUACUAGUAUCUCAGUUUCAAUGUUAACUCAUACAGAAUCGAUAAUUAGUCCACUAAUUUGCCAUAACUACAAUCUGUUUAAUAAACAAACUCACAUGUACCACCCUAUUAUAUCUGACAGUUCCACUUUACACAGUAAUCAGAUAGCCUCUUGUACAACUAUUCAUAAAAACAACAACAGUGAUAGUAGUAACACUGCUAACAUAAACAACAAUUCCAAUAGGAAUAAUUUACAUUUCAGAAAUAAACCUGAUUACACAGAAGUAGCUGAAAUACGAACAUUGACAGCAUCAGAGUCACUAAAGAACAUGUGUCAGUCUUUUGAUUUGGGAACAAAACAGCUGAAUAAUGGUAAUAAUAACAAUGAUCAUCGUCAAAGUAAUGAAUCGCAGUAUUAUCAGUCAAUGCAGUAUUUAAACUCAUGCCUAUUUAAGUCACUACAAUUAAAUUUCGCAUCAUCCAAUGAAGCAUGCCACGGCUAUAAUCAUCAAAACAAUGAAAUAAAUGAGGAACUUUCAUCGGAUUAUACAGCAAACAAGUUAUCACAUGGAUCAAGAAUGAGAAAUAAUGAGACUUUAAAAGAUAGUCUGUCAACAUCAGCUAUUCCAAUCAAAACGUCACCAUCUCUGUCAACAUCCUUACCUGUUUCACUUUCAUCAUCUAGUAUACAUUCAUCAUUGUAUAGUGAAUCAAAUGGGGUCCAACUUCCAAUAAGCGAUUUAUUCUCUUAUAAACAAGGAAGAGAUGAAAUAUUUAAUAAACUUGAAACGGUGAAUGAAUCAGUAAAUGUAAGUCUAUCUGUGCAUGGACAGUUUGGUUUACUCUUGUCUUUAUUGUUAUCUCAAUUUUAUUGCAACAUAUAUUGAAAAUAAUACAAGUAGACUAUUUACUAAAAUUUUAGUGUUUCACAGGUAGUACAUUGGCUUUUUAUUCUGGAAAUGAGUCGGAAUUGUAGGGUUUUCAACUGAAGCACUAUAGGACAGAUGUAAAUAUUGAACUUAUUUCCUACAGAUUAUUUACAUUAUCCAUAUGCACCAAUAUUGUGACUUCAUAAUCAAAGACACGAGUUACCCAACUAUAGAUGGAAUCGAUAACCGAAAAUACCCCCAAAUCAAACUUAAAUUUAAUGAUAGUUUGAUUUUGAUGAUGAUGAUGAUGAGAACUUUUGAGUUCUGUAUAUCAGAGAAUGUCAGAAUUCUCUUACGGAAGAUCUCUCGCUUAUGUUGAAUUUCCCUGAUUCAAUUUCAGAUGGUAAUCAGUCUUCAAACCACUCAUUGAAUAAUAACAAUAAUAAUAACAUCAGUAAUAACAACAAUAUUAUACAUCAUACAGAUGAAAUAAAAACCAACUUAACUUACACAAUCGAUCGAAUUUUGUUAUCGGAACACGAAUCACCAAACUCUGAUUUGCUAUUAAGUGUAUCAAAUCACUUAACUAAUACACUGACAGAUUCAAACCACACAAAAAAAUUAACUCAAUUUAAUUCCGAUAAUGUUGAUACUGAAAAUCAGAGUUACGUAAACAAUGAAUGGCUUUCUACUGAUCAGUUAAUUAAUGGCUCUAAUUCUACUAAUAAUUGUAGACCAACACAACCAUUCUUUUCAUCUUCAUUGGCUGAACAGUCAUCAUUGUCUUCUUCGUCAUGUUCACAAACAGGUUUUCAAUUUUGGUUUAGUAUAUUUUAUAAACUUUGGUUGGAACAAUUCAAUCAAGUUCAAUCAAAACCAAUUGAUUUCAGUCAGUCUGUGUCAGGGAUGAGUUCGAAGAAAACAGAUGAAAUUCAGUUUAAAUCAUUUCCGUUUAGUAAUAACAUAAAUAUUCAUGCUGAUAACGGCAGUGAUAGUUUUCUAUUCAAUUCAUCAAUACAUCCUUCAGUGAAUACAUCGAAUGAUUUUCGGACGUUAGAAAGUUUUACAGAAAAUCUUUUUGUGAAACCAUCUCACAUGAAAGAGGGUUCUUAUCACCGAUCAGAUUCAUUGUCUUUAAACACUAAUUCUACACUGUCCCCUCAAUCAUGUUGUAUUACAAAUGAUAUCAGCAACAAUAAACGUAAUCAGAACGAUAACUCGAAUCCUGACUCUGAAUACAAACAACAACCCUUGUACAGAAUGUGCGAAAAUGGUACAAAUCUAAAUACAGCACACUUUAGUGAUUUAAAAAAUAUUUCCCAGUCAGUUUCUCAACCUCCUCAGUCAAAAACGAGCAACAGUCCGGAUAAAAAUGAAUAUGAUUAUGCUCAUAACUUAUUUUCAUUUCAGAUGAAUAAAAUUACAACUCCUUGUAGUAAUCCUUUGAUGACAAUAUUAACACCAUGUACGAAGAAAUAUAGUGAGCACCACUAUAAUUACCCACUACCUACUUCAAGUCACUCUCUUCCUUCUCAAUCGAUAACAUCUACUGAAAACUCAAAAUACUCAGUAAAUGUUGUACACAAGUCAUCGAUUUUAUCUAACUAUAGAUUACAUUCAAACUACUCAAGACUACGUGGAAAAUCCGUGAUUAGUGGUAACAUUUCAAACGAUAAUUUACAACAACGUGGGUACCGAGCUUUACCAUUCCCAUUAACAAAACGCGAUGGCCGCAUGCAUUACGAAUGUAAUAUAUGUCGCAAAACUUUUGGACAAUUAUCUAAUUUAAAAGUGCAUUUACGUACACAUACAGGUGAAAGGCCAUUCCGUUGUGAUACAUGCCAUAAGGGCUUUACGCAGUUGGCUCAUUUACAGAAGCAUAAUUUAGUACAUACCGGUGAAAAACCACAUCAAUGUACAGUGUGCGGGAAACGUUUUAGCAGCACAAGUAACUUAAAAACACAUUUACGACUACAUAGUGGUGAAAAACCAUUUGCGUGUAAGUUAUGUACAGCCAAAUUUAGCCAAUUUAUUCAUCUAAAAUUACAUCGGCGUUUACACGCCAACGAAAGACCAUUUAUUUGCCCAAGAUGUCAUCAUAAAUUUCUCGAUUCAAAUGGACUGAAGCAACACUGGAGACGAGGAAUCUGUUAUUCUUGCGAAGAAUUACCUCCAGGUAACUGGAGUGAUAUGGAUGGUGAUGAGGAUGCUACUGAAACUCAAGUCAGAAAAACACCUUCUUCAGUAAGUUCCAGUAAUCACAGACAACAACAGCACAAGCGUUCAAAUAGAAUUUGUGAUAUGGACAUUACGGAUGACAGUGACAUUAGCCAUAUUACUUCCACGACUACUGAUAAAGGAACUAAUAAAAGACGCCAUUUUCCCACAAAUAUGAUUCCAAUGUAUAUAACACCAUAAAAAUGUGAACGAGGUAUACCUCUAGUCCCUAGGUGUGAUAAUUCUGUGAAGGUUAUCGAAAUUGUCGUGAAUAAUUCAAAACAGAUUUUUAACUUACAUUGAAAUUCUAAAUGACAUGGGUACACCUUUUUUAAAAUAUGGCUGUGUAACAUAAAAACAUAUUUUCAAUUCUUGAAAGAAAGACAAAACUUUUCCAGUCUUAUAUAGCUAAACAAAUAAUAUAUUCAAAUAACUAACUGUAUAUUAUUUACACUAGCAAACAAUUGCGUCUAUUGUGUAAUUUCGGAGUGAAAUAUAGUAUAUUUUGUU